AUGACCUCCUCAAUGGCAACCGCGGCUCUCGAACCGGCCUCAAAGCCCUGCAAGGGCAAAACCGCCAAAGUGUUUCAGCUUAUUACCCCAGCCGCCAACCGAUUUCUCCAGCAGAAAUGGGAUAUGGCCAGGCACCAGAGACACUUGGACCGGUUGAAUGAAAUCAAGCCGGCCAUCGAUAACAAAACGCCAGCCGAAUUUCGCGAACAAAAGAAAAAGGAUGCCAAGCGCAUGCAGCGUGAAGCCGAGCGAGCGGCCGAGAUCCAUCAAGGAAACAUCAAAAUCCUGAAAAAAAUUUCCAACAUGGUCCAGAAACAGCACGAGGAAUGGAAGGGCAUGAGGACCCUGCCACAGGAAAUCAAUCCGUUCGAACACAUUCGCCAGAAGCAGCUCAAGAAAAUCAAAGAGGAAAAUAUUCGGCAUCUUGAAAAGAUCGAAGUGUUCUCGUCCCAGUCCAACUACUCCAAGGAAAAGUUCGACAGCGACUGGAGCGAGACCGAGCGUCAUCUUGAGCGCAUCUCGCUCUAUCCGAUCGUGCUGAGCAUCCCGCACUCCAGGUCCACUGCAACCUCAAAGUACACGACUCCUCAAUCGAGCCGGCCCAACUCUGGGCGACAACGAGACUCAGAGUCAAGUCUGAUGCUUUCCAUGGGAGAGCACAGCGAUGGCUAUGGCGAUGAUGGAGGCCGCUCUUCCGACCGCAAGGAGAGCGACUGGUCAUGCUCAUCACAUGCAGCCGAGAUCCACGAUGCCGACGAAUCUUUGGCGAGCAUGUCCAUCGUCUCUGAGACAAACCUUCGGCCCGAAUCCCCCGCACUCAUCUCCAUCAUCGUUGAGCAGGAAUAGUGCC